UCAUUGCACAUGGUGGAACAAGUGAUUUCAACUUAGACCUUGAAAUUGAAAGGAGAUUACUUCAGCUAAUCAGAGAAAGAUCAGCUCCAGCCUAUUGAGUUAGCUUUUAGGAGUUGAUGACCAAGCUGAUAACGGAGACACCUGACCAGCCAAUCCCAUUUCUAAUUGAUCAUCUUCAGUCCAAGCAGGGAAACCGUGGUCAGCUUCAGAGAACAUUGUCUGGCUCUGCUGCCCUCUGGGCAGAGAGUGAAACCUCAGAAAAUAAAGGAACAAGAAGAGAUUUUAGAAAUUAUGAUAAGCCUUGGCAGGUAAAUGCAAAAAAGCCUAAGAAGUCAAAGAGCGACCUUGCUGUGUCCAACAUUUCUCCACCAUCACCGGAGUCCAAGUCAUUGCCAAGGUCAAUAGAGCAUCCUAAAUGGGAUUGGAAGACAAAACCGGAGAACCAUGAUUUUGAUGAACUAAAUCAUAUUCUUCAAGAGAGCAAAAAGCUUGGAAAAGCCCUUGAGAAUCUGUCUCGCAGCAUUGCUAUUUCUGAUGAACUUGAUAAGGACACAGCAGGUUUUAAUACCCCCCUUCUCAGACCUCGUGUUAUUGGAGAAUGGAUUGGCCGUGAAGAGAAUGAUGCAGACCCUCUGGCUGCUGAGAUGCUGCAGCCACCAAUACCAAGGAAUAAAAAUGAGCAGUGGGACAGCGAGGAUAGCAGCAGUCCUGGAGGAAGCUUAAAAAUGGAGCCAAAGACCAAAGGAUUAAAACAUCAACAGCAGCAACAUAAGAAGCUGCUGGCUGCCAUGCUUUCUCAGGACUCCUUUGAUUCUGCUCAAAGCACAGCUCCAUCUGUAACCGAAGAAGACAUUGACAAUGAAGAUGAUGCAAUGGAACUACUGGAGGAUCUAGAUGAUCUCAGAAUGGAAGGAGUAACAAGUGUGGUGUCUUCUGGGAGCAAAUUCAAUCAAACUCGAAGUGCUCAUACGGCUGAGCCUCAAGCAAAGGUCACAUUGAAUAUAUGUGCAAGAUGUGCCAGAUUGCAAGGGGAUAAUUUGGCAGAAAGGCCAGAAGAUGUCUCCAUGGUAUCUCAGACAUCUGAGCCAGCAGUGUCAGACUCUGAUGCUCAAAUACCUGGGGUUGAAACGCUCACAGAAGAUGUUAAUGAGUUUCAGAGUGCUUCUCAAGUGACAGCAUCUUCUCAGACAGUUUGGACCUUGGAUGCUGUGAGUGUUAGACCUGGAGGUUCCCCAAGGCAGAAACUCCUAAAGGACUCCUUAGCAGCAAAAGAACUUCAGACCAUGGAAAAACACCUAGCUGACAUUGAGAAGGACCUCGCACUGUGGGAAGAGGCAAGGCUCUCAAGAAGCCCUGGUGUCCAGCAUCCCAUUGUAGUUACCUCUGACCACCAAGGCGCUCUUCAAGCUGCACAGGGCCCAGCCCCAAGGCCUCAGGUGCCAGCUCCAACAGGGAAGAACGUUCAGCUCCAAGGAAGCAAAUCGCCGCCGCUGCCCACCAACAGCAGAACACAGGUCUCCAGUGUCACAAGCAGCAGUGCACAAACCAAGAGGCCAGCAGCUCCAGGGAGCAGACCUAUGACCCCAAAUAGCUUGUUGUCACGGCCUCUUACCCCUAGCAACCAAGGAAAUAGGGAAGGCAUUAUUAGCAUUCAAAGAAGCAGAUCUUUGUCAUCCAAGAGCCAAAUGGGGAGGACCCUCAGUGCUGCUUCAGGGCUUUCUGUGCAAGUGAGUGGAGAUGUUGUUGGAACUGUCACUACUCAGAGAAACAGUUUAUCAGAAGAUGAAUUCUUACAACAGCUUCAACUUGCUCAUCAACCUUGGAUAUUGCCGAGUGACACAGAAAGUGAAGGAGUGGAAGCUGACCAAGACAAAUGUAAGUAUAUGUGUAAGGACCAGAUAAAAUGUCAAACCCCUCAACUGUACUUCUAUUUUCCAUAUUUUCAAAUACUGUGGAGAUGUCAUGCCUGCUCUCAGGAGCUUUUCUCACAAAUACCAAUAACUUAUUUAUCUGAAGGCUGAACCUUCUAGGACUGAUCUGCAGAAGCUUUCCUGUAGUCACUGAACAAUGACAAAAGGAUGACAGAACACUGUUUACUUAAGCUAAGUGAAACAAUUUGUCCUGAUGUGUUAAAGUAGCUGUUCCAGAAAAUAACAUGAACUUGAAAUAGAUAAUCUGUUUCAUAAAUCUGUAUUUACCAGCAAAAAAGAAAAGCAAAGUAAAAAAACUCCAGGUCUGAAAAGUAGAGCCUCCUUCCUUAGAUCUGACACUCAAUUAUCUGUAUUUUGCUUACAUUCUUUGUAAUUCAUCUGUAUAAAUAAAAGUUCUUAAUCAUACCAGUAAUCCUUAAUAUCCUACACUCUUUCGAAGUAUUUGUCUAAUCAUGGAAGUGAGGGUCAGCAGGAUCAGAACCUAAAUGGCAGAACAAGUAACAGGCUAUAAAUUGCAAUAUUCUCAAAUUGUAGCAAAUUCUCCCUGCCUACAAGGUACCUGUAAAUGAUCUUACUGUUUCACAUUAUCUCUCUUAAUUCACAGUAGUUUUGUGAUCUUCAAGAGUGAAUAUGCAAACUGCUUCCUAAGAUAUUUUAGGUGAUGUACAUGAAAAAGAGCAGAUGAUUUAAUCAACAUGUUUAGAAAACUCAAUCCUGGUUUAAACAUCAAGAGUUAACAUAAGAAAAAGAUGUUUUCUUUACAGAAGGGAACAGUUCUAUAAGGGAUUAAGGAUUCAUAAGAAACAUGCCAGAUAAACAGAUUUUUUUUUUAAUUAGGCCACUUUAAAUAAUUGUUUUUUACUCAUACAUCAGUUUCACAAAUUCAUACAUAGCCCAGAGUUUGACUAAAAUUUAAAUUUACACAGUGAGAUCCUAAAGAGGCAUGUGCAGGUCUUUUUGAACACUAGUAAAAUGUUACUAUGAGAUUCUGUGCAUCCAUCUGAUUUUAGGCCAAGGCUGUAAGUCCAAUUUGACUUGCACCAGAACCUUUCAGUUGCCUUUGAGCUGAAGCUCACCUUAGGUGGCUCAAGAGAAACUCUGGGACCUGCCUUUUAUGUCUAUGCAAUUUUUCCUCAGUCUUUUCUGUAAUGAAUUUGCAGUCCCAUAAACAUUGGUAGGACUGGCUGUGCACACAGACUGGUGCUAAUUAUGUGACCAGGGAAACUGAUGCUCCAGGACAUAUCAGAUACACACCAUGGUCUUGUGUAGCUGCUUUACUGGAAUUGUGUGGGUGUGAGGACUUGUGAGCACCCAAAAUCUUGUGCUAUAAUAUUCCAAGAAUAUUAUAGGUCAUUGCAAUUGCCCAAAAAACAAAGUGGCGAGUUAAAUAUUAAAAGCAUGUUGUUAAGGUCAAUGUCCAAAAGCCUCUUCAACAGUGACAGACUUGAGCAAUUGACCAUCUCCCUCAGAAGCCUGUUCAGUCUUCACCCUCUUAGUAAAGGAAUGCUCCUGAUGUCCGUCUGAAUCUCUCCUGGCCCAGCUUUGAGCCAUUACUUUGGCUCAAAGUGUUCUGUCACUGAAUACCAGGGAAAAGAGACCAGGGCCUCUCUCUCCACAUGCCUUCCUCAGGAAGCUGUGAAGUGAAGUCAAUCCUCAGCUUCAUUUUCUCCAAACUAGACAAGGCCAAAAUCCUUAGCUGCUCCUCACAGGUCAUUCCUUCACCAGCUUUGUUGCCCUUAUCUGGACCCACUCAAGGGCCUUCACGUCCUUCUUAAAUUGUGGUGCCCAGAACUGCACACAGUGCUCCAGCUGGGGCUGCCCCAGUGGGAUAGUCACCUUUCCUGAGCAGCUGGUGGUUCUGUAUUUGAUGCACCCCAGGAUGGGCUUUGUCCUGUUGGCUUCCAGGCCAUGCUGCUGAUUCUUGCUGUGCCUGCUGCCAGCCAGCACCUCCAGAUCCAUUUCUGUAGAGGCUCUCCAGCCACUCCUCUCCCAGUUUAUACUUUUGCUUGAUAUUAGUCUGUCCCAGCUGCAGAAUCUGGUGUUUUGACAUGUUAAACUUCAUGCCAUUGAUCACUGUCCAGUGUUCCAGUCUGUGUAGAUCCCUCUGCAGAGGCUCUUGUUCCUCCAAAGAGUCAGCAGCACCUCUGAGUUUGGGAUCAUCAGCAAAUGUGCUAAUGGUGGGUUUAACUCCUGCCUGCAGGUUGUUGGUAAAUGUAUUGACCAGAACUGUCCCUAGAAUUGAUCCCUGGGGAACACCACUGUGACCAGUGGCCCCAUUUGAGCUCUGCCCUUCAGCCAGUUCUUCCCAGCACAGCCUGCAGCCACUCCUCCCACAGCUGGACAAGUUGUCCUGAAGGGUGCUGUGGGGGACAGAAUCAAAAGUAUUCCUAAAGUACAGAAAAACCAUGUCCACCAACAUCCAUCCAUCCAUCCAUCCAUCCAUCCAUCCAUCCAUCCAUCCAUCCAUCCAUCCAUCCAUCCAUCCCUCCCCAACUGGUGGGUGACCUUAUCAUAGAUGGCUAUCAAGUUAGUUAAACAGGUUGACCUCAGUGUAGUUAGCUGGUGCACCCUCAUAUCACUGUUUCUGCUACUAAAACUAAAGGGAUAAAACAGAAAUGUUUUAUUAAAGUAAUACCUCCUGUAACUGAAAUCUAAUAGUGAAAAUUUUUAUUAAAAGUAACUAAGGCUGGUAACAUCCCUGUCUGAGUUUUUGUGCUAGUGACAUUGUCAAGAAAGUGCAGAACUGCCACUGCUGACAAAGAGAAGCUGCCAAUUCCUGGUUGUAAAGUGGAGCCAGCAAGGAGCUUUGGCACACUUGCUGUUGCCACUGCUUGUAGGUAGACCAGCUGGCAAGAUUACACAUAAUUUUUCCCCCCAAAGUAAUAAAUCUGUGCGGGUAUUUUUUGUGUGAUUUAGUGUUGAGAAGGCCCAGGAGUCCAUAAUUUGUGAGUUUGAGCAGAAGAGCUGCGAAAUUAAUCUUUACAAUAGCAGCACCUGUUCUUUGACUUAGCCUUUGAUAAACUACAUGUGGAUAAUAUUUACUACAUUCUUUGACUCCUUUGAGAUAAUAGCAGCCAGGUGUAAAGCUAGUUUUUGGUAGUGGGAAAACAAUGCAGAAAGAGAAACUGUGUGAGUCACCUUGAGUUCUUUAAAAGUAAUAUCGUCUGGUUAGAGUUUUAGAAGAAAAAGAAUGAAAAAAAUAAGAGGGGAACGGUUUCAAAUGUAUUCAGAUGUAAGAGUUUAGAGAGACUAUUUUCAAAGUAAGUGAUAACUGAACAGAACUGGGUCACUGGAAUCUCAGCAUCUCUUGACAAGCAUCAUUUGCAAAACAGAUACAACAGCGCAUAUCUCGUCUUAUGGAAAUAAGAUCUUGGUUCUCAGUUCUUGUACCUCAGACUUUACAUUUUAAAUUCUCCAGGUUCUCUGACAGCAUUUUAAAAAUUUAUCCUUAGCAGCAAGUUUCAAUGAUAACUAGAAGUCAAUAAUUGUUAAACCUUCAUACUAAUUAUGACAACAUUUUAAAUCAAAUAGCUACUCACAUAAAAGAGUUUAAAUUAUUCUAGCUUAAAAGAUUUGUUAUGUUAAAGAAGGAAAGAAAAAUAUUUUUAAGAAGCUUUGUAGAUUUUUUAGCAUACUCCUUCCUUUUCCUCUUUGUGCACUUAAUUAAGUUUGUGGCCAUAGAUCAGAGAAAGAGAUCGUGUAUAAUUAUUUGCUCUUGUAAUGUACAUUUUGUUAUUAAAAAUAAAAAUUAAGAUGUGCAUUUUAAGAGCUAUUAUAAUUUAGAAACAAAAUCUUUUCUGCUUGCAAAAUGUGUUUUCCUUUGAAACACUCUAUGCAAUGAGAGAUGAAAAUUGUCAUGCAGCAUGAUCCAAAAUCAAAGACCUGUGGUGUCCUUUUAGAGUGACUAAAAAUGUCUCUAGAGAGAACCUCAUAUGUGUUCUUCCUCUGUGAUUCUGGAGACAGUUCCCCAUUAUUAUCUGCAGUAGUUUGCUUGUGUGCUGAUUCUCUGUGAAGAGUUUUCAGAGAAUGCAUAGAGAUCAUUCUUGGAAAAAGGAGGGAUCUGGAAAAAAUAUUUACCACUUGCAUAAUCCUUCAGUUUGAUGAAAAUUCUUUGAGCUGGCAAGAAUAGAUUUUCCUCUUCAUGGGGUACUGAUGCACAGAAACAGAAGAACCACCGCCAGAAUAUUUUUUAGACAGCUUUUAUGAGAAGAAAUUCAUCCCUUUCAGGGGUCUGACAAGAGUCUGCUUGAAUUUUCCCUUGAGAAAAAGACCUACAAAGAUUGAAGAUUGGAAAUUUCUAAGUAUCACUAGCUUCCAAGAACCUUGAAAAGACAAAAGACAGGGAUUUUGGUAUAAUUUGACCUGCCAUCUCUAGUCUUGGCAAGGAUUAGCUGCCUAAAACACUAAGUCUGCUUUCUUGGGUGCCAAACUCAAGAAGUAACCCAUACAGCAGAUUUCUUCAGGUCACACAGCCUUGGAGACAUAAAGGGUCCCAGCCUCCAGUCAGUCCAUCUAGCAGAUGUACAUGAUAGCUGAAUGAAGUAGACUCUUGAAAAGCUUGCUACUUGUUAAAUCCGUAUUAAAUAUACCCACAGAACAUUAAGGACUGGAAGGCACCCUGAAGGAUCAUCUGUGUAAAAACAUUUCUUUGUGCUAAUCUGCUUAAGGCAUGCCAGUUUCUGUAGUUCAUGGCACACGAAGUUGUGUGUCUAUUAUCACUUCAUCCCAACUUGCCAAAAGGAGCACUAGAUGCUCAUUUCUAGCUCAGCUGAUCUGGGGCAAGUCUUGAACUGUUGCCCUCUGACCUGUGGGAGCAAAUUUAAAUGUUUUGCUACUCUUCAUCUGCAAACUCUUUGCUAAGGUUGACUGUGAAAGGUCUACUGCUGAUAAAUCAAGUGUUCAUUGGGAAUAAGUGGGAUUUCUACUCCAUUCAUUCUUGCACUGGUCUGGAAACUCUGCAGUCAAAGACACUCUGCUGAUGAUUUCAACAGUUGUUGAAGAAAACCUUCAUUUUCCCAUUUGCACAUAUCUGCCUAGGGGAAAAACCCAAAAGAAUGAAAGAUCAGGUUUUUUGUAGACUUGAGAAAUUCAGACUGUGUUCUAAUAAAAUUCCAAUCCAUACAGUAUUUGUCCAUGGGUAAAGUUCCUUGCACUGAGUAAAUUCACAUGCCAAAACAGUCAAUUUAUCCUAAUUAUGCAAGUAAGUUUUCCUAAGAUUUGGGAGAUUGCUUGGCCAGAGUUAACAAUAAAGAGGAAUCUACUGCUGGAAUAGGUUUUUGCUGUGAAAGUUUGCUUUUGCUAGGGCCAGCUGCUAUUCAGUAUGAGUAAGAAUGACAGAAUCAGGGUUAGAGGAGCAACUGUUGAUUGCAGGCAUCUACACAAACACAUUCCAUUUCUGUCAUUCAAAUUCAGCUGUUUGUAUUUGUGCUCUGCUCUGAUAGAGCAUUGGAAAUGUCUCUUUCAGUGGGUUUGAGUUUAGGACAAGGCUAGAUGUGGUUUCUCUAGGGAGUAAGGUGCUUAUCAGGCAUCACUCAAAUGUGACUCAAUUAUAUGUCUGAUUAGUAAGAGCAUAAUUGUUGUAGUUGGCAGUUUUUCUCAAUGAAUAACAAAUUCACUAUAAAUGCACACCUUUUUUUUUUUUCUUUUUUUUUUUUUUUUGUCUCACUAGUGAAUCUGUCCCAAAAGUAAACUUUUGGGAGACUUUUAUCCCAAUUCAUGAAUCUUCUGCAGAUGUUGAUGUCCUUCUUUAAUAUUUAGAGAGUGGUAAUACAAACUGCAGUAAAAAAUUCAUAUCUCUCCCUUCCAUGUAAUCUCUGCAAAGGGUGUCAUAAAGCUUUUUGUCUGCUUGGGAUAUGAGUUAUUUACUAAAUUUCUGCAGUAUGCAUUUAUGGUUAUUAAAGAAUGUUGUCUCUCAUGCCUGACAUUGGCUUGGCUACCUAUUUAGCUCGAGACAGUUCUAUGUCCUCUUCAGAAAUAGGACACCAGAAAGGGGAUUGUGCUUCUUUAAACAGAAUUUCUCCAGGCCUAUUGGAUGGUCUUGGCUGGAUGUCUUGUUACACUUGUGGCUGAAGCUGCAUCACUUCAUAUAACUGCUUUCUGAGUCUGAAAGUAGAUGAGAACAAUUUUCUAGCAUGGUAACCUGCCCAUUUCAAUUUAAUUAUUUAUUGACGGUGAAACAAAUGUAGAGAUUCACAUUAUUUCUACUAGAAGUCAGAUGACUUUUGGACAGUGAGUGGUGAGUUUAAAUGCAACUAGAGAAAGUUGAAGUUAGACUCAAGUUUCCUAUUUUUUGAAUGGAUGUGCUUAAAUCUAAACCUGCAGUAAUCUUCUUAUAUUAUUAAGGCUUUAAGGCACAUUGCUUUAUUUAUACUGACUAAUAUUUGGUUUCACUUUGGAAAAGGUCACAUUGGACUAAAUAUUUAGUAUGAGAAGGGAAUUUUCCAUUUCAGGGAGUAAGAAAAAAAAUUAAAACCUGUUUUAGUGCAGAAAGCUCUUUUCAGUAAAGCUUCCAAACCUACAGAUAUCUUUUUCUACAGCUUGCCUUAUUAUGCUAAACUUGGAUUCCCAAUGACAUUUAAUGUAAUAAAAAAUGACACUGUAAUUUAAAAAAUGGCUUAGAGAAUUAUCAGGACACACAUUAGGUAAAUUAAAAGCUGGCUCAAUGAGGAAUCAAAAACUUGAGUUUCUAAUGGGAAGAUGUAGAUGAAUGGGGCUCAUUAGGGUCUGAUAGGUUUGGAUAAUGGGUGGGAAGGACAAGUUGAAGUUAUUAAAUGAUAUGAAUCCCCUGGUAUAAUGGCCAGAUUCCAGUAAAAUGCACUUUAUUAUAACCAGAUGAAGUAUAUUUAAACCAAAUGAAAUAUAUCUGGCACCAGAGAAACAUAUCUGUCUCUGCUGCAGAAUAAUGAGGCUUUGUCCUGGAAAGCAGUGACCUAAUGGAUUUAGGAUGGUCAUAAAAGAUCAUCUCAGUGUGAGCUCUCAGCAUAAUGCUGUCACGAAGAACGGUAGACCAUUUCUUGAAUGCCUUAGAAGUUAAGUAGCAAAGUAAUUAUUCCACAUAAUAUCAGUAAAAAACCCCAUGGGUUAGGUGUCUUUCCAUUAAGACAGAUUGGGAUUGCUCAGUGGACUUCAAAAGGUGAUUAAAAAUGACCAGCAUUUGGGAAACCCUGUUAGGAAUUUGCCUCACUCACAUAAAGAUAUUCAACCAGAAACUUCAGAGAUAACAUGAUAUCUGUAGAUAGAUGUUUAAAUAAAAAAGAUUCAUCGAACUAUGACAAAGGAAAUUAAAUGUUCUGUCCUAGCAAGCAGGAGCUUCAAGUGUUAUAAGCAAAAAAUAAAGGACGCAAUGAACUCAAAGCCAUUAACAUGUGGUUAACUUCUUAAAUUAACUCCUCCAGAUAAGACCAGUCCCUGGGUCUUCUGUGGGUAACAAGAAGAAUCUGCAAAUGAAACAGGCUUACACAUAUUUGCUUUUCUUUAUCCCACCGUAAGACAAGUCCAUUAUUUAUAGAUCAAACUGUGAUACAGCUUGAAUAUCUGUUAAAAGAAGCACCUCCAAGGAAAACAGCUGAACAUUAGGUAUAAAUGACAAAAAGCCCCCAACCAUAUAAAAGUAAUCAAGGAUAAGAACUGUUGCUAAGGUUUCCUAGGCUUUUUGUCUUGUGUUUUGUUUGUUUGGUUAAUUUGUUUUUGUUGUUGAAGAGGUUUUCAUGGUAUGUGCCUUGCUUUGUUGGUUAUCAACACAGAAUCACAUACAAAGUCCAGGCUUAUCAUCUGACAAAAUGAAAAUUAUUCCAAUUGUAUUAAAUUAAUUAGCUGGAGAUAAUGGAAAGAAUUUGUUCCUACCAAGUUUCUUAAAUCUUCCACAAAGGGCUUGCAUAUUUAAAUGUUCAAAAGGAGUGAAACUGCUGUGCCUGAUUUCCUGCAGUGUUUAAAAAAGGAAAGGUGGAGGCUUCUCAGGUAACACACAGAUCUUUGUGCAGUCACCGGUACAAUUAAAUGAGGUUGUGGUGUUUAUUUCCGGUUCAUAACCUCGAUUCUCUCACUGGCUCUAUGUAAUGGGUCCAGUUACAGCAUUGUAUUUUAUACAAACAACGGAGAGAGCAGGUUGUGUUCCAGUCAGCAACAUUUGCAAAACAGUCCAUUGCAAUCUGCAUCUGUAAAUAUUUUUAAAAGCUAAAUUUCCAUUUGCUUUGGGGAAGGUUUUCAACCUGAACACAAGCAGAAAUUAAAACAUUGCUAUCUCAGCUUAUCUGAUUCAUCACAGGUGUAUAUUAUGUUCAAUGUUUUCUGAAACACAGGCUACUUUUUGCAAUUUAUUACCACUAUUGAAAAAGAAGUAGCAGAAGAAAAACCUCGAAACCACUGAAUAAUUGGAACAAAUAGUAUAACUAAGGACAGUGUUGUUUGCUUCUGAAUGUUUUAGAAACAGCAAAAAAUAAUUGAGAUUCACUAACAUACUGAUCCACAUUGCUUAUUUAACUGUGAAUUCAGCAUAAUAGAAAACUCUUACAAAAUGAAAACAUGGUGAAGGAUUAGUUUUCCCUUUUCUCCUAUUUUUCUGUACAUUACAUUUGAGCCCUAAUAUCUGUGUUUUUCUGUUUGAUUUCACAGGUUUGUGAAAUCAGUGGAAUUAUUGAAGAACAAUUUAAUAAAAACCAAAAAUAUGGUGAUCAAAACUACACCUUAAAAAUUGGUUUAGUUUAUACAUAAAAAAAUUAAAUAAAGUUAUUUUUCUAGUAUCAGCAGCAUAUGAGUGAAACUGCUCUGAUAUGAGGAUGCUGUAGUGCACUGAAUGAGACUAUUUACUGUGGUACAGUGGCCUUAGGAAAGAAGGGUAAUUGUCACCUUUUAGUGUAAAUUUACUACAAUCGUUUUUUUAGUUUAUACCCCUAUUGUUUUGGAUUGACAUUUGAUAAGCUAAAUUCUGCCCGACCAAAACAAACUUUGCCUAAAGACUGUACGUAUUUUAACUUGUCUAAGGUUUUCUACUCCUUAUAUUUUUGUAAACUUUGCUCCUUUUUAGAUUAAUAAACAUUAAAGUAUUUGCUGCAUCUGCCCAUGUGUAUGUCCCAUUCAGGUCUCACAGAGAGCUGGCUGUUCACUCAUAGUCACCUGCAGAGAGAGGUCAGACAGGGGAAUGAGUGAAAGAGUGUGUGUGGGUAGCAGAAACAGGUGCUGCUCGUGUUGCAUAGCCUUGUAUUGAAUUUAUCUUCUUUGAUCUUUAAAACAAAUAAAGACUCUGUUAAAAAGGGGGACAUAAUAAGGAGUGGUGCAUGCAUGCAAAAAUAAAGCACCUAAAAGGAAUUUCAUAUAUUAUGAUAAAGUGUUAGUUACCCAUGUGAAUUACGGAGACAAACUUGCUGUUUAAAAUAUUCUGUCUGGUGUAUGCUGUGUGCUUGGAACUUUAGAGGAUGUGUUAGCACAGACAUCAAAUGAAGGGAUGUGGCAGUUGGAUUUACUGAUUUCAUUUACCUGUUAAUUCUGUCAAGUGUGUUCUCAGUUUCCUCUGUCUUCAAUUAUGUAUGCUCGGGUCCUGUAUCUUUGACAGAAUAAUAAAAUGAAAUUGCUUGCAACUAUUAAAAAUACAGUAUUACAAAGCAUCUAUUUGUUUAAGAAAUAAAAAUGAGUUGUCUGUCAUAAGUGUUUCAUGGUGUGAACUUUUUUCUGCUGUCUCACAAAUGCAGAGUGCUAAAUACACAGAAACACUGUUGUCUGUGUUAGUCAUGAGUGAGUUAAAUGGAAGCUAACAUUGUGGUGAGCAAGUAUUUGCUAUAUGUGUCAUCAUAAUGUACAGUUCCUAUAUGUAAAAUGUUUGGCAUACUGGGAUAGUGCCUUUAAGUUCAUUUCAAGAAGGUACUUUGUUAAUUUGUCAUCAGUAAAGGAAAUCUGUAAUGCUGUGUGCAUUUGCAAUAUAC